CCGUAACAUCAUGACUAAUCAGCUGCAGCCAACGAACGGUUCUAUCAACAAUGACCUGCUCGAACACUUCCAGAAGAUUGACGUGAAGGUGGUAGAUGAACCGGCCGGGUUCGCCGAUCACGUUGCCAGAUUUUGUAAACGCUGGCACAUCAAGAAGGUGCUAUCGCAUCUUGGUUUACUUGUAUCACUCGCCAUCUACUGUGGCGUUGGUGGAUAUAUAUUUCGCGAGUUCGAACGUCCGGCGGAAGUCGCUAGAAUACAAGGACUUCGCAAAGUUUUGUCCCAACAUCGGUACGCUUUCAUCAACACCAUCGUCAACAACACAAGCGUGCAAAACCUGGAUCAACUGCUUGCCUUCGAGCUGAAGAAGUACGAACAGGUGGUGCAGGAUGCGGCACAGGGCGGGAUUUUGAUUGACGCCGAUCAGAACUUUCCGGUCGCUGUCGAGAAGUGGAGCGUGCUGCAGGCGGUCUUCUUUGCGUCCACCGUAAUUACGACCAUCGGGUAUGGUAACAUUGUGCCAGUCACACUGGGCGGCAGGGUCUUCUGUAUGAUGUUCGCUCUCAUCGGUAUCCCCUUCACGUUGACUGUCAUCGCCGACUGGGGUCGACUCUUUGCGACAGCGGUGUCUACUAUAGCGAGGAACUUUCCCGCACUACCAUUAGCAAGAUUUUGUCCUGAUGCUGGCAUCAAAUUAUCCGACAAGAAAUGGUUAUACGCUGUCGGUGCCGUCUGCUUCCUGGGCGUCUACCUAGCGGCAGGGACCGGUUUGCUCUUGCUGUGGGAGGAGGAUUGGAACUUCUUUGAUGGAUAUUACUUUUGCUUUAUCACGAUGACGACCAUUGGGUUCGGCGAUCUUGUACCAAGUAAACCGAACUACAUGCUACUGUGCACCCUAUACAUCCUGGUUGGUUUAGCACUGACCAGUACGAUUAUUGAGCUGGUUCGUAGACAGUACGCCCAAAGCUGGCAAAAAUUACAGGCUCUAUCCGGACCACUGGCAGAUACUUUAAGACGGCUGGGCGAAUCAGCCGGCACCGGCAUCGAUGUGACCGCUCUGCAUAAUGAUUUACGCCGCGUGCUUACAGUGGUGUCUAUGCCGCGCCGUCAUGGUAACAAGAAGGCACAAGCUAAGGAGAUGGCCGCUCUAGAAGCGAUCACCAACGCAAUUCUGCAGGACAUCAAGGAAAAACAGGACAGCCAGGAGGGACCACCAAAGGUGGUGCAAAUAGUUAUUUACGAAUCAUCCGUCUAACUCU